CUGGAAGCUGGAGUGAAAAGCUGCCCGAGACGUCUGUACACUGAGAGAGGGACACAUUAGUGACAGAGGGAUAGAGAGAGGCAAAGCAAGUUAAGGACAAGGUAUCUGCAAAAGGAUAAUCUUAACUCAGAAAGAGGACUUGUGUAAAAAUCACUAAGUGAGAGAAGAUAACUGUGGGACAAGAAACACUGUGUGACAAGAUUCAUAAACAUGUUCAGUAACAGUGCUGCUAGAAGGUUAUGAGAUAAAGAGACUAUCCGGUCAAGGAAGCUGAGAGACAUAGGUAAAAACCAUAUCUAAAAUUAACAGAAAUGACUGAAGGUCGAGGAGUAGAUCCUACAUUUUGAAUUUAGGAUGGACAGAUUGUACGAGUCUCUACGGGAAGAACUAAGGCUUUUUGAGGAUCAAGUUCACAAGUGUCGUGUGAACUUUGACCUCCCGACUCUGCAGAGAGUGCUAGGUCUGCUUUCUGAAGUUCACAAGACACAGCUGGAUAGCUGGAAGCACAUAGAGAACUUUGUGAAGGAUGGAAACAUCUCUGGAGACCAAGGAGGACAGUUUCGGGACUACCUUUCCUGGCUCUUGUCCUACGUGGAUUAUCUGCGCUCUAUGAAGAACUCUUUUGAUGAUCACGUUGUAUUCCCACUUUGCGACAACCUCUAUGUGAAUGAUGAGGGAGAUGCUUUGCCAGCCAAGGGUUUACAGUUUCCUCUGGCCCCGACUAACAUUGCCGCUACAGCUCGACAGCUUUUUCACCACCGGCGUACUUGGGCCCUUCUGCUAAGUGCUAGAAACCAUGAGCAGACUCAGCAAAUCCAUGGACCAUCUCACUCAACUCUGUUGAUGCACUGUAUCCAAGAUAUCUUCGAGGAGAGUCUGGUAACAGCUAAACUAGCAAACCAAUGGAUCUUUAUUCAUGAAACAUAUUAUAAGGACAACAUGCACACCUCCCAACAAGCCCCUCAAGUGUGCCUGAGCAGUGAAUUCCAGAACGGCCUUCCUAAAGAACAUAAAAACUGGAGUGAGUCUCGAGAUAUUCCUGAAGGUGACCCGGAAAUUCAAUCUCAAGUGAAGGACAUGAGGGAGUACAUGAUGUUUUUGCUCUGGAGAGCUGGUAGAGCUGAGGCUCUAGAAUUACAAGUGAAGGACGUUAACCAGAAAGUGCAAGUUCUUCAGGGCAAUGUCAAUGACAUGCAACAGUUACUUCAGGAGGAAGGACCAGAGAGUCGGGAGAAGGUAGAGAAACUUAAAAGACAGCUAGACUUAGAACGAUUUCACCAACAAAUCCUGAACUCUGAUUGGCAGUUAGAACUGGAGGCCCGUCCAUCUCUAAUCAGGCAGAUUGAUACAGUAAGUGACAGACAGUAAACAUACAUUAUUUUAAUAAACUAAGUCACAUGCUAUAAAUGUAGCAUAUUGGUUAAAGGUGUGGUUGAAGGGGGCACGAACGCAGAUUAAUGGAUCGAUAUUUUAUCAACCCAAAUUUGCAUUACCUUAAGCUAGAAGCCAGCAAUUUGUGAAUUCAAAUGGACAUUUAAAAUUUAGAACAAAUUACCUAUUUGGUCAACAGUUUUCAUUUUAAUUAUUUUUAACCAAAUGUUUAAAAUUGACUUUGAAUUCACUGUUGUUUUCUGACAGUUCACACAUUAGUGAAGAACGCGCAUGCGUUUUUGGUUCUGCAUUAACAUUUCAGUAUAUAUGCAAAGUCUGAGAACGUUUGAGAAAUUAGGUGUAUUUACCUACCAAUAUUAUAUCCGUGUACAAUAAAACGAUGAAGGAAAGUGUACACAAUGUUUAGGCACUUAGACCAUGAGUAGCGUAUGUUCUAUUGCUUUUGACCAGAUGUCAGAAUAGAUACCAGUGUUUGGUGACUGACCAUAUUUUGCUGCUCAGAAAUUUCGUUAAUGCUGCAACACUAAAUUAUAUAAAAUAGGAAUCCAUGCAAUUAUACGCAGGAUAAUCCCCCCCAAUGUACACAAACAUUUUGCACAUUAUUAUAAACUUUGUGUUUGCUAAUUAAAGUACAUUAACCAGAAAGUAUUUGCUAUUGCUUAACUUAGUUUUAUUUCCCUAAACAAACACCACAAUUAGCACUAUUAUUUAUAGUCAUAUAUCAGAACCGGCCGUGGGAGAAUGUUGCAUAUUAUAAAGACACAUUUAGAAACUUAAAGUAGAACUCUCAGUUCUGCAUUCCAUUGUCCCAGUAAAUGCUACGGAGCCCUUGUUGGGGAGUAUUGCAUCAGAGGUAAGUAAAAAAAACGCCUAUCUCCACAACAGGCUGGCAUCUGCUUGAAAAGUGCUUAGCACAGUGCCAUGUGUACCCUCGAGGAACACAUGCAUUGCAUCGUGGGGAUUCAAUAAUUGACAGUGUGCCAGGACAGCCUAGCGUAGGCCAUCUCAGAGCUAUCUUUUCUAGUUCUGCAUAAUGUAAGGAUUAGGAACAGAUUCAGUUUAACAAGAUAAUGUGGUUUAAAACAAGCAGCAGUGCCUUCUGCUGGUCGAAGAGUAGAUCGCAGGUUUAAAAUCACACACAAUUUGUUAAUGGGUUACUCUAACCACCAUGACCACUUCAGAGUCAUUGUUAAUUGUGAGUUAUUGCUAAUUGUGUGCUGGGGGCUACUUGCACCCCCAGCACACGUGAUAUUGGCAGCCCUGUUCUGGGCUGUCUAAUGUCAAUUUUGUGCAUAAAUUUUGCCCAUUGUCACCGCGCACAUAAUUUUGACAACAGACGUGAAAAUGAUCCCCUUGCAAGCAGCGUGCUACCUUUCCUCUCCCACUCUCCCUCCUGUGGGUUCUGCCUCCUACCUAGCUCUGUCGCUCAUUUUCUCUUUUUUUAAAAAAUCCUCUCCCUCCUUGAUCCCCUUUCCCUCCCUCGUCCUCCCUCCCCUUCCUAUCACAGAUCGCACGCAUGUGCUCUGAUUCAGAAAUAUGGUCCAAUCACAGGUUCUCUGUGAGUCACGUCAGGAAUGGGUGCGAAGGAUCAGUUCCAGGAGCUUUGCUGGUGCUGGAUUCCAACCAAGUAAAACCUUUCAUUUUCAGGUUUUACAAUGAAUUAAGAGAGAGGACUUUUACACAAUUCCCAAAGUGGCAUAUUACACCUGACCUGCUCCCCUCUCAAAAGGGUUAGAGUUGGAUUUAAGUCAGGUUAUGGUGACUUGGAGCUCUCUCUCCAGUUUCUGUGUGUGUGGGUGAAACAGACUUUGCACAGUUUAGAGCAGUGAUGAUAACAAAAGGGAAGAAUAUAUUCUCCAUUUACAUCUUUCCAUAUCAUGUUUAAUUUAAAUGUCUGUAAACUGUUACCUGUGUUGUUUUUUUUUAUAUGAAUAUUUUUUUCUUUAUGGUAUCAAGACAUAUGGAGAUAUGAUUUAUUAACACUUUAUUGCAGAGUUUCGUAGUUGCAUCUAAACAAAAAACUUAACAUUGCAUAGCUGCAAAAUAAUUCUAUUUUACACUAAAAUUACCAAGUCGUUUGUCAGUCCAUCAACUUACAUAUUAGUUAAUAAACCCUGUUACUUUAUUUAUGGCAAUUCCUUAUUCAUCAUAAUUAUUGCUCCUCAAGCGCAUUAGGUCCUCCCAAUAGGAAAGCAUUACUGCAAUGCUUUCCUGUGGGGAUUAAGUGAAGCUGGAUGUUCACAUGCAGUGUGUGGGGACAUUCAGCAUCUGGUGACCAAAAGCCACCAGGAAGGGCCUCUAAUGGCUGCCUGAUUGACAGCCACUAGAGGCAGUCUUAGUCCUGCAAUGUAAUCAUUGCAGUUUCUCAAGAACUGCAAUGAUUUACAUUGGAGGACUAAGGGGGAUGGGGACAAUGAGCUGAAGUGGUCCAGGUUACUAUAGUGUCCUUUUAAGAUCUCUUUUUGUAAUAACAUUUUAGAUUGUAAGCUUGUUUGGGCAGAACCAUCUUCUCUUACUAUUCUCAUAUGUCAAACAUGUUUAAUUAGAAUUAAUUGUUUGUCUUCAGUGGCGUACACACAAUCCAUGGGGCCCCGGUGCGAACCUGAACCGUGGGCCCCCCACACUCCCCCGAUCCGUGCCCCCCCCCAUACCCACCGACACAUACAUACAGACAGACACAAACGCACACACAUAUAUACACCCCCCGACAGACACACACAUAUAUACACAGACAGACACAUACAUACACAUACAGAGACACAGACAAACACACAUACACACACAUACAGAGACACACAUACAUUCAGAGAAACAGACCAUACAGAGACACACACACAUACAGAGACACAGACACACACACAUAGACACACACACACAUACAUACAGAGACACACACACACAUAGAGACACACACACACACACAUACAUACAGAGACACAGACACACAUACAGAGACACAGACACAUACAGACACACAGACACACACUCAUACAUACAGAGACACAGACACACACAUACAGAGACACAGACACACAUACAGAGACACAGACACAUACAGAGACAUACAUAUACAAAAUGUUUCCUACCUUGUGACUUUCUCUGGGGGCUCAGCCUGAUGGGAGUCAGAGUUCUCACUCUGACUCCCUCCUCCUCCUUCCUCCCGCGCGGGUCCUGAUAGCUGGGAGGAGUGACCGGGGAGUCACUUCCUCCCAGCAGUGAUGUAAUCACAGGGGGCCCGGUCGCGCUGUUAAAGCGCCCAGCACUGACCGGGCCCCCUGACAAUCCAUGUCCAUUGGGUGGCCCUGACAGCAUGGGCCUUUUGAUGGACCCCUCCAUAUGCGGCCCCGGAGGUUUGCCGCACGGGCUGGGGCCACAAAACGUGGCAGAUGGUACCCGGUCGCAGCUGCAACCACCGCGACCGUGGUAUGUAUGCCGCUUUUUGUCUUGUUUUAUCGAUUGAACAGCGCUGCAAAAUAUGUUGGGUCUAUAUAAAUAAUUGUAAUAUCUUGUAUCUGUCUUGAUUGAUAUAUCGUACUCUGCAGGUGCGUGAACGCUGUGAUCAGCUAGAAGCAGCCCUGGGUCCAAGGAAAGAGAAGCGUGAGACUUCCCCACCAGAUUCUCUGGGAGCACCUAGUGACACAGAUUGGGACAGCAGCUCUGUCUUCUCCCAGACGUCCACGCGAACAUCUGACGUCUUCACCCCCCAAUGAACGCAUAGACUAUUUUUCUGGGAGGACUGGGACAUUGACAAAGACACAAAAAACUUUUACCAUCAUAAAUAUAUACCAUCAAUCUUCUAAAUAUAUUGUGAACAGUAACAAACGUUUUUUCACCACUACAUUCAAAACGUGUUACGACAUUCGAAUGUAACACGGAACCAGACACAGCAAUGAGAAUUAGUUUACCUGGAUUCAUAUUCUAUGACACAGUCUGGUUUUUGAUGGUUUGUACAUUCACAUCGAUAGAAAGCAAACGCACACCAGGGACAGGGGUUUAUUAACUAAAUCAGAAACUGGGGUGAAUUUACAAGGAAAUCAUAAAUUGUAUCCAAAAAUAACUGAAUCAUAUUCCAUUAUUUGAAAUGAUUGUAUCAAAUUCUCUAUAUUUUCCAGUUUAUUGAAUAAAUCCCAGAUAAUGUGAGAUAUAGGCAUGCAGAUAAUGGGAUUUAUUAGCUAAACUGGGAAAUGCAGAUAAUUCACAAGAGAAAUGCUAAUUCUAAAUUAGAAAUUGAAUUUCUUUGCACUAGAAAUCUACAAGUACAGCAUUUAGAUUUGCGUCAUUCUCAUAUAAGUUAUAUUUGUACACAAUGUAUGAUAAAUGAUCAAUUCUGCGGCAGUAUCAAAAUUUACACAAUUUACCAUUAAUUUACACGAUUUUCAAU